GAUGUCACCGGAAGCCAGGAUGAUAGAGACGCGCGGCCUCGGCUGCACGCGCUGGCUGCGGGAUCGCUGCCGGCUAGGUCCAGGACCAGGUGGCGGAGGCGGACCUCGUGGAAUCCCCCAGUCCUGGCAGCGGAGGACCGUACGAUGAGUGAUAAACCCGACAAUGAAGGCCCUGUGCCCAUGGAGGGCUGCGUCCAGGACAGCAGCAGUGCCCAGGGCAGCCCUGCAGCCCUAGCUCCUCAGGAGGAAGAGAAGGAGGAGGAAGGUGGGGCUGGGGCAGCUGCAGAGUCUGUACCUCGGCCUGGGCUCUACAGCUACAUCAGGGACGAUUUGUUUACCUCGGAGAUCUUCAAGUUGGAGCUGCAGAACGUGCCCCGCCACGCCAGCUUCAGUGAUGUCCGACGCUUUCUGGGCCGCUUUGGCCUGCAGCCUCAUAAGACCAAACUCUUUGGGCAACCUCCCUGCGCCUUUGUGACAUUCCGCAGUGCCGCUGAGCGGGACAAGGCCCUGCGCGUGCUGCACGGUGCCCUCUGGAAGGGCCGUCCACUCAGCGUGCGCCUGGCCCGACCCAAGGCUGAUCCCAUGGCCAGAAAGAGGCGGCAUGAGGAUGAGGGUGAGCCAGCGGCCACAUGCAUCGCAGAUGUCGUGACCCCACUUUGGACUGUGCCCUACACUGAGCAGCUUGAGCGGAAACGGCUGGAGUGCGAGCAGGUGCUGCAGAAGCUGGCCAAGGAAAUUGGGAGCACCAACCGCGCCCUGCUGCCUUGGCUGCUCUCACAGAGGCACAAGCACAACAAGGCCUGCUGUCCCCUGGAGGGGGUUAGGCCAUCACCCCAGCAGACCGAAUAUCGUAACAAGUGUGAGUUUCUGGUUGGCGUCGGGGUGGACGGGGAGGACAACACAGUUGGCUGUCGGCUUGGCAAGUACAAGGGCGGGACAUGUGCUGUGGCAGCCCCCUUUGACACCGUGCACAUCCCUGGGGCCACCAAGCAGGUGGUGAAGGCUUUCCAGGAGUUCAUUCGGUCCACUCCAUACUCAGCGUACAACCCAGAGACAUACUCAGGCCACUGGAAACAGCUGACUGUGCGCACCAGCCGCCGUGGCCAAGCCAUGGCCAUUGUCUACUUCCACCCUCAGAAGCUGAGCCCUGAGGAACUGGCUGGGCUGAAGGCCGCCUUGGCACAGCACUUCAUGGCAGGGCCAGGCAAGGCCACUGGGGUGACCUGCCUCUACUUUGUAGAGGAGGGACAGCGAAAGACUCCCAGUCAGGAGGGCCUGCCCCUGGAGCACGUGGCUGGAGACCGAUGCAUCCAUGAGGACCUGCUGGGGUUGACCUUCCGGAUCUCCCCUCACGCCUUCUUCCAGGUAAACACCCUGGCAGCUGAGGUGCUCUACACAGUCAUCCAGGACUGGGCCCAGCUGGACACAGGGACCACAGUGCUAGAUGUGUGCUGUGGCACUGGCACCAUUGGCCUGGCACUGGCCCCGAAGGUAAAGAGAGUUGUGGGGAUUGAGCUGUGCCAAGAGGCUGUGGAAGAUGCCCGGGUGAAUGCCCAAGACAAUGAAUUGAGCAAUGUUGAGUUCCACUGUGGAAGAGCCGAGGACCUGGUGCCCGCUCUGGUGAACAGACUGGCCUCCCAGCAGCUCGUUGCCAUCCUGGACCCUCCCCGUGCUGGCCUGCAUUCCAAAGUGAUCCUGGCUGUCCGAAGAGCUGAGAACCUCAAACGGCUCCUGUAUGUCUCUUGCAACCCCCGGGCAGCCAUGGGCAACUUUGUGGACCUCUGCAGGGCCCCAUCGAAUCGGGUGAAGGGCACCCCCUUCCGGCCUGUCAAGGCUGUGGCUGUGGACCUGUUCCCGCAGACCCCACAUUGUGAGAUGCUCAUCCUGUUUGAGAGGGUGGAGUACCCCAAUGGCACAGGGGCCGUGGAGCCCCAAGACCCUCCAACUCACCCCCUACCAGGGCCCCUAGAUGAUACCCUGCAGGUAACUGGGGCUGCCACCUCUUCCUAGCUCCCUAGAAUACCAGAAACUUGCCCUUUCAGAAUAGGGCCCAGUCUUCAUCAAGGGCACAAGCCAUGGGGCUCCCCAAGUCCUUGCCUCAAUUCAGGAUGCUCAGGCAGCACCUAGAGAGUAUGAGACCCAAAUGCCCCAACCAGGGUCACCCUGUUCCCAUGGACCCUAGGCUCCUGUUCCCCACCCCCACUCUUCCCCCAAGUUCCUUUUGGGCCCCCUGGGGCACAGGGUCAGAAUAAACCAUUGCUGAAAUA